AGCGAGAGAGAAAAAGAGAGCGAGAGAGAGAAAGAAGAGCGAGAGAGAGAGAGCGAGAGAAAAAAGCGAGAGAAAGAGAGCGAGAGAAAAGAGAGAGAAAGAGAGCGA